UUUUUCAACUACAUCAAAUCUUGGCUUCCUUCAUAUGAAUGGGAUUACUUUGAAAACAUCACUGGCACACCACCCACAGAAAAAUAUUAUAGCCUCUGUCUCAUUGACCCUGAGACACUCAGUAGGGAUGCUGUGGUCGUCAUCUAUGCCCUGGUCUUCCUGCUGAGCCUUCUGGGAAACUCCCUAGUGAUGCUGGUCCUUUUACACAGCCAGGCCAGCUCUGUCAAUGAUGUCCACCUGCUGAACCUGGCUAUGGCCGUCCUGCUCUUUGUCCUGACCUUGUUUAUCUGGGCCACUUCCAAGGCAAAGGGCUGGAUUGUUGGCACACCCCUGUGCAAGGUGGACUCACCCCUGAAGAAAGUCAACUUCUACAGUGGAAUUCUACUACUGGCCUGCAUUAGCGUGGACCGCUACCUGGCCAUUGUUCAUGCCAUACUCACUCUGACUCUGAAGCGGCACUGGGUCAAGUUCAUAUGCUUAGGUAUCUGGGCCCUAUCUCUGAUCCUGGCCCUGCCCAUCUUCGUCUUCCGUAAAACCUAUCAACCACCUUUAUCUAGCCCAGUCUGCUAUGAAGACCUGAGUGAUAAUACAUAUCAGCAAGGAGUUCUUGGCCAAGGAGAGCAGGCCUUCCUUUGUUGGCUCUUGUUCAGGGGACACUUCUACUACCCUCUAAGACCCCCGUUGCUGUUGUAG